AUCGCCUCAUUCAGUCACCAGUGCGCAGCACCACGGGGAACAAGUGUUUCUAGUUGUACACGUUUUAUUUUAUUUUUUAAGUUUUUUUAUGCAACCCUGAGAGAAAGAAAACCAGUUUUAAAACGUACACGACUCCUAUCUAACUCAGCUAACUAUUGAAAAAGUGCUUCGAGAGCUCCGCGCUCGAUCUAGCUUGGUUUGUGUGUUGAGUAAUAUUCAGUGUUAGUUGCAGUGCUUGUGCUUUUGAUAGAAACGGACGAUUUCGUUGUGAACGUGUUCCAAUUUGGGAAUUCACCACGAGCGGGCUCAAAGAGAUUUACAGUCAAGUGGACAGCGGCGGCGGUGGCUCGGCCGAAGUGAUGGUGUACUCUCUCGGCUGGGGCAUGGGCGAGCCGGAGCGGCGUGCCGUGGACCGCAAGCGCGCCCAGCCGCCCUCCGCCACGCACGCGCUAUCCCCAGACGAUGGUCAUGAGGUCGAUGUCUUACCCUUACACAAUCAGGUGGGUGGUCACACGCGGCUGCUAGUGCUGAACGACAGCACGGUAAUCAAGCCCCUCAACAUCCGCGAGCUGCAUUUCUACCAGAACAUUCCCGAAGAUAUACAGAACUUCGUGCCUCGAUACAAAGGAGUGAUGCAGGCUUCUAACACUGGUGAACAGAAAUUGGACAAACGCUACUCGCCAUGUUUCCGCGACGAGAACGGGCGCAAGCAGUCCCUGGGCGGCAAGCGCAAGCGAGACGACGUAUUCAAAUUUAAAGUUCAUCGGAAUGGCAAUGCCAGCGAAGUGCUAAAGAGCAUUGCGCACAUGGACAAUUCUAACAAACAAUAUUUCCUGAUGAUGGAGAACAUAACUUCGUCGUACCGCCGCCCCUGCGUGCUGGACCUCAAGAUGGGUACUCGUCAGCACGGCGACGACGCGUCCGCGGAGAAACGCACCAAGCAGAUCGCCAAGUGUGCUGCCAGUACCUCCGCCACGCUCGGAGUACGCCUUUGCGGCAUGCAGGUACACAUUUAUCUCCUUACUAGCUUUAAAAAAAAACUUAGUAAUUACUAAUUACUAUCUUCUACA